UUUGCUAUAAUGGUGUGGUUGGAUAAGGUAAAGGGACAGUUGUGAUAAACCCUCAACACUUUGCUCUUCAAGGGUUUUAGAGCCAGUCUUCCAAUCCCUGCUGCUUCAUCUUACUUUUGCUUCCAGAAAUCUAAAAAGAAAAAGGAACAUGGAUAGAUGGGAACCAGUUUCUUUUCUUGCUUCUUUUCUGCUUGAAUGAUAUCUCUUUUGUACAAGAAACUAUGAGGCUGGCUCAUUUUUCUUGUGAUAGCAAUACAAAUAUAGAGGGUGUCAUAUGGCGAGUCUCAUAACUAUGCCUGCUUUUAGCCAUUUAUCCACCAACACUAGCUGCCUAGAACGAAGAAAUAUUUGUGCAUCCUCCAGGAAAUGUCGAGGAGUUAGGGCAACAAUGACAGAGAAACCACUGGAGGAGCUGUAUCAAGUGAGAGUAGAGAGAAAUGUGACAAAAGAUCGACUAAUGGAGCUUGGAGUUCCACGAUGGUCAAUGUGGAAAACUGGCAAAUGCAAGUUACCUUGGGAUUGGCAUGUAGACCAGUUGGUUUACAUUGAAGAAGGUGAGGUAAGGGUGGUACCUGAAGGAAGCAAAAGAUUUAUGCGGUUUGUGGCAGGAGACCUUGUCCGGUAUCCAAAAUGGUUUGAAGCUGAUCUCUACUUCAAUGACUUCUACCAAGAGCGAUAUAGCUUUCGAGCAUAUGGAGAUGACUAUUGAAUCAAUUUCCUGCGACUAGGCUCAUAAAGAUACUAAAUUUCCCGACUUCUAGUGCAGUUCACUUAUUAAUUCUCUGUUUCAUAAGCUUAUGCUGUCUUUGUAAUACAAAUGGUAGAACAUAGUCUUUCCAAAUGGCACGGUGGCCAGAUAACAUUCAAUUCAGUAGUGGUAUGAAUGAUUUAUCUUUGCACUGGUCAAUUCCGACAUAGAUCUUGAAUACAACCUUCCAUCUUCUCCUCUCUGGAUGAUAAAAGUCUUUGCCAGCAGCUAGGAAGUCUUUCAGACAUAAAAAGAUACUGCGAGCUGUUUCUUCAUCAUCAUUGUUACAUUGGGAGAUUUGGUCAGAAUGUAUUGGUAUCAAAUUAUCAGUUAAAAUACCAACACUAAUAUCAUUUAUCAGUUACUUUGAGAUUGUUUUUAA